AUGGCACCCUCUCAGCUUCCCAGCGGAAUUUACCUUCGCUCCACCAUUAACGCUAAGCCGGCAACCGACCCUCGAGUUCUGGCCGCCUUCAGCCCUGACAUCGUCCCAAUGAGACCUAGUACUCAUCCCGAUCUUGCCACGCUAGUCGCCGCUUACGACAGGUUCAUCGCUCGCUCGGCCGGUCCUGCCGAGUCCGAGACCCACGUCUAUCUGCGCGGCAGGGCUGUCGUCAACAACUCCAGCACUGUCGAGACCAAGGUCACUCUCAAGGCGGUUCCCAACGAGCUCAUUCUCUGGCCUCAGGCUUGGGUCAACUCGCCAGCGAUCGGUCAGGCUACGUUGAUCGCGUCCAAGGAUGGGGAAGUCGUUGCAACUUCCACUCCAAUCGUGUACACCACCACCGAGGGACUUGGCCGUCACGACGUCUUCGUAGCACAAGCAGCGACCGCGUCCGUGGCAAGCACACCGAAAGACCUCGUGCAGCAGGUGCAGAACUGGCGCGACCUUGUCAAACACGUCGGCCAGGACCCCACGGUGACGACGUACAACGUCGUCUUCGCGGACCCGUCCUCGACAAAUGCCAGCCUGACGACCAGGUUCAGGCUGUUUGAGAACCAGGCCAACGCUGUCCACAUGGCCUUUGGCGUCGAGGCGUUUGGCACGCCGGCUAAUGGCGUCGACGUCUCUCUUUCCUGCCUCGGGAUGACACCCGACUCGACGCCUUUCUCUUUCGGACAAUCCCGCACGACCAUCUUCCCUUCUAAGCUGCUCCACAUCAGGGCCACCGUGCCGAAGGACUUUGACGGCAAUGUCACCCUCAACAUCUUCAACGAUAAGAAGCAGACGUUCGGCGACUACUCGUCUAUCUCCGUAAUCGCAUAUGCCGUGACGGUUGUCGGCGGGCAAGAGACUUACACGACGCUGGGUUCGGAGCACCUCGUCUUCCACUCUGACAUCCAUGUGAAAAAGGUCCUGAAGUUUGCGCAAGUUCAUGACGCGACUACAACCAAUGUUCCAACCACCACGCCUUUCUCCAUCCAAUAUAGGGAGUCUGUGAUCACAACGGCCAGCGGGACACUCUUGUGUACACUUCUGGUGGGUGACAGCGUUGACCUCGAUGCUAUCUUCCUGAUUACUCUUGUUUUAGAUAUCCAACCUCUAGUUACAACGCCGGAGAUCACCGUACAGACAGAUAUUGGUCCCGGUAACUACAGGGUUGACGUUAACGACCAGCAGAGUGUGCAAACGGUGGUUGGAAAUGUCUCCAAUCAUAUUUCCCUCCGCGGCGCGAGCAUCGCCCCCGCGUCAGGUUCUGCGCGUCUGAUUGCCGUACCCUCUUCCAUAUCAGCGUAUCCCUCGCAGUACAGCCAGACUCCGAACAUUAUAUGGGACCAUACUCGCGGUGGCGAUGUCGAAAUUGGACUCCGGAUGUACAACACCAUGUCGUCUACUCAAUCGUCCAGUCCAGUUGUUGUCACGGAGACUGUCAACUUGACCGAUCUUCCCCCGACUAGCGACCACUACCGCCUUGUAACCGAAUGCAAGUCUGAGGCUGUCGAUUCUGACGGCAUUUUGUACGAAGUGGCCCGUGAAGAGACUCGAGACUUUGUGACGGUCGGCGAGACUAGCAACCCAUACAUCGUACAGCGCAACAUCAGCUAUGUCAGCGUUCCGACUGCCCCAUCCCAGGUCUUCCAAACGAGCUUCACUAUUCCCCACGGCUUCAGUAGCGCCAAGAACUGGAAGUUCGAAGUCCAGACCAUCAACUGUCCUCUAGGAUCCUAUGUUGAGAUUGACUCCAACGAUGCUGAUGUCGCCAUCGAGAGGUUUACAAUCUCGAAACUGGACCAGCUUGCAGGGUGCGAAUUUACCGGGAAAGCCCCUGGAUUCACAUGUCAAGUCACCAUCCGGUGGUAUGCAAACGGAACGAUAAUCCAGAGUGGCCAGCGCAUCCAAGGGAACCUCUAUCCGGUCCAAGUGGUGACCUCGGCAAUAAGUAACGGGCUCUUCGAGCACCGGAAGAUCGUAAGGCAGGGCUAUCCGGUCAUACGGAGGCAGGCUAGCUACAUCAACGUUGCAACACAGCCUCCGGUCCUACGCAGACAGACUAGCUACGCCAACGUUGCAACACAGCUUACCUCGAUUGGUGGCGGAUAUACUCGCCAGCUCGUCGGCCAGAACUAUGUGCCUUCUGGCGUUAUCCAUGUCGAUACUUUGGUUGGGGCUGAUGGCGUCAGGUACCUUCUCGCAUAG